GGUCGGGUGGGACCCCGGAACCCCAUCAAGGAGGCAUGUCACUUCCUGCUUUCUCGUUCCUGGCGGUGGUUUCGUGGCCGGGAGUGUGGGAACGCCUCCUCUUUCUCCGCCUCCGGCCCCGAAGGGUGUAGAAACUGAGGCUGAUUGGGGGUGGGCUCAUCAGAUGGGACUCGAAGAGGUAGUCAUUCCGCAGGGAAUUGUUGUGAUACAACCACACUUGUUUGGGGCUGGAGGAUGAGGAAUGGGGAGGUUAGCUGGAGCUGUCCCUUGGUCGGAAACCCGGCCCCGUUUAACUGGAGCAAUACCUUGUGGGGACCCCAGCCCCACGGUAGCCAAAGCGAUCCGAGCCGGUCUGUUCUGAAUGGUGGUGAUGAAGGGAGCAGAGGCGCAAAAGUGGAGUUGAGAGAUGUAUUCCGUUCACGUAAAGUUUCGGUUACUUGUAUAAACAAUUAAAAGUAAUUGUCAACUUUUUUUUUCUUUUUUAAUAAGACUGGGGGUAGUUUUGUAGUAGAAUAGGCUUGGGUUGCGAUUUUCUUUAAAAAGAAACAGGUUUGUUAUAUACGUAAAAGCCCACCAACUUGGUAUAAGUAGCAUCUUACUAUAAGUCUAUAGGAGCUCCCCUUACGCGCAGAUUUAAUCAUGUUAAGUAGUAAGAUCUAAUUUUCACGAAGAAUGUUAUAUAGGCCCAACCCUCCUCUCUUCUAGUAUGAUGCACUGAUUAUUGGGAAUAUGAUGGAGAUGCUUUUAUUAAAAGAAUAAGUAGAAAAGUAAGACUUUAUGGCAGGCUUUUGGGCGUCCCUGCAGUAAAUAUGUGGUAUUUUAUGUACUUUGUAUAAUACAUUGUUGUUAUGGUUUGAUUUUCCCCAAAAUGCCUUCUUUCAGGUGCAGAGUAAGAAAAUUGCAGUCAAAGACCAUGGGAGAUGCAGCAAAACCAUAUUUUGUGAAGCGUGCUAAAGACCGAGGGACUAUAGAUGAUGAUGAUUUCAGAAGGGGUCACCCACAACAAGAUUAUUUAAUAGUGGAUGAUUAUGCUAAAGGCCAUAGCAGUAAAAUGGAAAAAGGCCUUCCGAAAAAAAAAGUAACACCAGGGAACUAUGGGAAUACUCCCAGAAAAGGACCAUAUGCUGUUUCCAACAAUCUAUAUGCAUUUAAAAACCCAAUUUACAGCCAACCAGCUUGGAUAAAUGACAGCCACAAAGAUCAGAGUAAGAAAAGGCUUUCUGAUGAACUUUCUGGUAAUUCAGACAAUUGGAGAGAAUUCAAACCUGGACCUAGAAUUCCUGUUAUAAGCCGACCAAGAAAAGACUCAUAUCAAGAAAGUGAAGAUGGUUAUAGGUGGCAAGAUGGGAGAGGCUGCAGAACUGUAAGACGACUGUUUCAUAAAGAACUAACCAGCCUAGAAACUAUGUCAGAAAUGGAAGCAGGAAGUUCUGAAAACAAGAAGCAGAGGUCCAGACCUAGGAAACCAAGGAGAACUAGAAAUGAGGAAAAUGAGCAGGACAAAGACUUGGAAGGUCCCGUGAUCGAUGAAUCGGUCCUUUCUGUCAAGGAGCUCCUGGGCUUACAGCAGGCUGAGGAGCGACUGAGAAGAGACUGCAUUGACAGGCUUAAAAGGCGACCACGAAACUUCCCUACAGCAAAAUACACCUGCAAACUCUGUGAUGUUUUAAUUGAAUCUGUUGCAUCUGCCCAUAAGCAUAUCAAAGAGAAAAGGCACAAGAAGAACAUCAAGGAGAAGCAAGAAGAAGAGUUACUCACUACAUUACCCCCACCAGUACCCUCCCAGAUAAAUGCAAUUGGCAUUGCUAUUGAUAAAGUGGUCCAAGAGUUUGGUUUACACAAUGAGAGCUUGGAACAGAGACGAGGAAUUAAGCAUAUCAUGGAAAAUGUGUUCCAACACAAGUUACCAGAUUGUUCUCUAAGAUUAUAUGGGUCAUCCUGUAGCGGAUUUGGUUUCAAAAAUUCAGAUGUAAACAUUGACAUCCAAUUUCCAGCCAUUAUGUCUCAGCCAGAUGUCCUCUUACUUGUUCAAGAAUGUUUAAAGAAUAGUGAUUCUUUUACUGAUGUUGAUGCAGAUUUCCAUGCUAGAGUGCCAGUGGUGGUGUGCAGAGAAAAGCAGAGUGGUCUUCUUUGUAAAGUGAGUGCAGGAAAUGAAAAUGCAUGUCUGACAACAAAUCAUUUAACUGCCCUUGGAAAACUAGAACCAAAACUCGUUCCUUUGGUGAUUGCAUUUAGGUACUGGGCAAAGCUUUGCAGUAUAGAUCGCCCUGAAGAAGGUGGCCUGCCACCUUACGUCUUUGCCCUGAUGGCCAUUUUCUUUCUUCAACAGAGGAAAGAGCCCCUUCUGCCUGUUUACCUAGGAUCAUGGAUUGAAGGAUUUUCAUUAAACAAAUUAGGAAACUUCAACCUUAAAGAUGUCGAGAAAGACAUUGUGGUGUGGGAAUAUGCUGAUGCUGCCACAGGGGAUGCAGACCCAGCCAAAGAAGAGUUGCCCAGAGCGCCCAGAGACAUGCCAGUUAAAAGGGGACAGGUACCAUUAAUAUUUGAUUUAAAGCGCCAGCCUUCAGUACCAGUUGGGCAGCUCUGGGUGGAAUUGCUUCGAUUCUAUGCUUUAGAAUUUAAUUUGGCUGAUUUAGUGAUAAGUAUACGUGUCAAAGAAUCUGUGUCUCGUGAAUCAAAGGACUGGCCCAAAAAGCGCAUUGCCAUUGAAGAUCCCUACUCUGUUAAAAGGAAUGUGGCGAGGACCCUAAAUAAUCAACCUGUAUUUGAAUAUAUACUUCAUUGUUUAAGAACAACGUAUAAAUAUUUUGCUCUUCCACACAAAAUUUCAAAAUCCAACCUUCUAAAGCCUGUGAGUGCAGUUACAGGCAUUUCAGAACAUUCUAAAGAAGUAACAAAUCAUGAUCCAGGUGUACAAGCAAAAGGUGACAAGUUUAAAAACUCAGUUUUGGCUCAGGGUCCCGGUGCUAUCAGUCCAGCUGCAAACACCCCCAAGGUACAGCCACUUGCUCUUAAACAGACUGCUGAUCACUUUGAAGGCCCACCAGUAGAGGAAAUGGGAAACAGGCACAUCAGUGUAAGCCUGGAAAACUUGGACUGUGUCAAGGCAGAGGUGAGUUGUGAUGAUCAUGAGGAUGUUACCAUGCACCGUCUAGAAACAGGAGGUGAACAUGAGAAGUUAAAAAUUGAAAGAGAGGGCCAGCAUCAUUUGACUGCUCAUGAUCAAGAUAUAAACAGCAGCAAACAUGGAGAACUUGCCAUCUGUGGCAGCACACCUACCGAGACUGACAGGACUUUGGAUUUAGAAGGUUUCCGAAAUCUUACAGUCCGGGGUCGUGAUGGAUAUGUUACUAUAGUUGUCAAGGCUGAUAUUGACGAAGAAAGCAUAGAAGGUACUGAUGAACUAGAAGACUCUCUAAACCACUUUGCCCCUUCAGUACCGAGCCAGACAAAAGAAAUCAUUCACUCUGAUGAAGAAGAGGAAGAAGAGGAGGAAGAAGAGCCCAGGCUCACCAUUAACCGAACAGAAGAUGAAGAUGGUAUUGCUAAUGAAGAUGAGUUAGACAACACCUAUACUGGAUCGGGGGAGGAGGAUGCCCUGUCUGAAGAGGAUGAGGAACUGGGCGACGCUGCUAAGGAUGAAGACUUGAAAGAAUGUGGGAAACAAGCAGAUGGAGCCCUACUAGUGGAACUGAAUAAAAUAAGUCUUAAGGAAGAAAAUGAAUGUGAGGAAGAUUCAGCUGAGGACCAGUCUGCUCUCUCCUAUGAAUUUAGUAAGCUUAUCUUCACCAAAGGCAAGUCUCCUACGGUGGUAUGCAGUCUAUGCAAACGUGAGGGUCAUCUAAAGAAGGACUGUCCCGAAGACUUCAAGCGAAUCCAGCUGGAGCCAUUGCCACCAUUAACACCCAAAUUUUCAAGUAUCUUAGAUCAAGUUUGCAUCCAGUGUUAUAAGGAUUUUUCUCCAACAAUUUUAGAAGAUCAGGCUCGUGAACAUAUUCGACAAAACUUAGAAAGUUUCAUAAGGCAAGAGUUUCCAGGAACUAAAUUGAGCUUGUUUGGCUCCUCCAAAAAUGGAUUUGGGUUCAAACAGAGUGACCUUGACAUCUGUAUGACAAUUAAUGGACAUGAAACUGCUGAGGGGUUGGACUGUGUAAGAACUAUUGAAGAAUUAGCAAGAUUCCUCAGAAAACAUUCAGGUCUGAGAAACAUCUUACCUAUUACAACAGCAAAGGUGCCAAUUGUAAAGUUCAUCCAUUCGAGAAGUGGUCUGGAAGUGGAUAUCAGUCUGUAUAACACAUUGGCCCUUCAUAAUACAAGGCUCUUAUCUGCUUAUUCAGCCAUUGACCCCAGAGUGAAAUACUUGUGCUAUACCAUGAAAGUAUUUACAAAGAUGUGUGAUAUUGGUGAUGCAUCUAGAGGCAGCUUAUCAUCAUAUGCAUACACUCUUAUGGUGCUAUAUUUUCUCCAGCAGAGAAAUCCACCAGUCAUCCCUGUCCUUCAAGAGAUAUACAAAGAUGAAAAGAAACCUGAAAUAUUUGUUGAUGGCUGGAAUACUUAUUUUUUUGAUCAAAUAGACGAACUGCCCACCUAUUGGCCAGAAUAUGGAAAAAAUACAGAAUCUGUUGGGCAGCUAUGGUUGGGACUUCUUCGUUUUUACACAGAGGACUUUGAUUUUAAAGAACAUGUUAUUAGCAUCAGGAGAAGAAGUUUGCUUACAACUUUUAAGAAACAGUGGACUUCAAAAUACAUUGUUAUUGAAGAUCCCUUUGAUUUGAAUCAUAAUCUUGGAGCUGGAUUAUCAAGGAAAAUGACGAAUUUUAUAAUGAAAGCUUUUAUUAAUGGGAGAAGAGUAUUUGGAAGUCCAGUCAAAGGAUUUCCGAAGGACUACCCCUCCAAAAUGGAGUAUUUUUUUGAUCCAGAUGUACUAACUGAAGGAGAGCUGGCCCCAAAUGAUAGAUGUUGCCGAAUUUGUGGGAAGAUUGGACACUUCAUGAAGGACUGUCCUAUGAGGAGAAAAGUGAGGCGGCGGCGAGAUCAAGAAGAUACCCCAAACCAAAGAUACCCUGAGAGCAAAGAAAAAAGAAGCAAAGAGGACAAAGAAGUUCAUAACAAGUACACAGAAAGGGAGGCGGCAGCAAAAGAAGAUAAGCCCCUGCAGUGCACGCCUCAGAAAACUAAGCCAGUGAGGCCUGCUGUCGACCUGGGGAGAGACAAGCUUCUCAGGCCUCCAUUGGAGAAGUGGAAGAGACAGGAUGACAGAGACUUAAGAGAAAAACGUUGUUUUAUUUGUGGACGAGAAGGGCACAUUAAAAAAGAAUGCCCACAGUUUAAAGGCUCUUCAGGUUUGUCUAAAUCAGAUUGUGUAUUUGGAUCCCCUUCUUCACCUAGCUCUUUGAGACCAACUGGCACAUUUUUUCAGGCAGUGCUUUUACAUGAAGACAAAAAGAAACAAAAAACAGCAAUAUUUUUGAGCCCCCAGUCAGGUAGCCUUUCCAGUAAAUACAUGACUCAGGGAAAAGCCUCACCGAAGAGGACCCAACAGGAAUCAUGAGGGAAUGAAAAUGAAGCACUCUGGCCAUCCAGCCAUUCAUAUUCACUCUGAAAAUUAGGUUCACUUCACAGGACACAGCAGCAUAGAUCAGGCUUCAACUUAACAUUUAGGGGAAAUGUCAGAUUUUUUUAAUUUAAUGAAAUUGUUAAUGAGGAAAAAAAAUUUUAAUAGACUCUUAUCUACCACAGAUUCCCGUAGAUUUAAGGAUUUUAAUAGAAAGCCAUGAUGUAUGUAUUUAUAAGCCAGGUUUAAAAAAAAAAAAAAGGAUGUGACUAUGAGCCAGUAUUCAGUGAAUACAGUUCAAUGGUUUUUAAUUCCUUCAAAGUACACUAAAAUGGUGUGCUGAUAAACCCCAAGUAAAUUAACCUUUUUUCCCCCUAUAAAUCCCUUUUUUGUUUUGAAGAGGGGAAAUUAUAUUUAUUGUUGUUUACUGAAUCCACGUGUGGAAGUGUAUCAAAUAUGUGUGAACUGCUACUACUGUGUUUACAAUUUACAAACAUUUUAUUGCUGUUUGUAGAAAAAGUGAAAACCUGAACAUGAGUACCUAUUUAUGUGAGCGUUCGAUGGAUGAGCGGUGCCCUAAGGGUUUUGGGUUUUUUUCUCUCUCUAAUUUUAAGUAAGUUGACACAUAAUUACUGUGCUCAUAAAAAUGAAAUAAGGAAAAACAAGUGGUCCUGUUCGCCUCUAAAAACAUUUUCAAAGGAAAAAUGACGAAAUAAAAGUGCUUUUUACUUUUUAUGAAUUCAGAAAUGAGAGUGGAGAACUUUUAAAAAAUUCCCUGAAGAUUAAAGAGGCUAUCUCUGCCAAUCCCAAGUUGGUUGGUGUCAUUUCGGGUCUGACUGGAACCCUCGUGGAACUGUUUCUCUCACUUCACACCCCGUACAGAAUUACUACAUGGUCAGAACUCUGCCUUGGUUUACUUAUCAUUUUGAAAUAAAAUCAGAUUUUCAACCUGUAA